UAUAUCACAGAGCCAUAAUUUAGUACUUUACCAGGCAUAGCUGUUUAUGAUGUUUAUCUGAUUCUGAUGCAUUGAGAACCAGCCCUACCAGAUUGCAGAGAUGAAACGUUUGACAGUAUUCGCCGCAUACUUCGUUGUCAUUUCAUCAGCACACGAGCUUUGUACUCGAGAGGAUGCAGAAAGAUUGUCUUAUGAGAUAGCUGAAUUAAAAGAAAAUAACCAGGAUACCUACAUUGGGUGUUUUAUUGAUGUCGUUAGAGACAGAGAUUUGACCAAUUUACAAGGUUUUUUCCCAGCAACACACGCAACACCUAACACCCUAGACUUCUGUUCAAAAAGAUGCCGAAUAUUAGGGUUUAUAUACAUGGGAGUGCAAAAUGGUCAGGAUUGCUGGUGUAGUAACACCUAUGGAAAACAUGGUGAGGCGCCCCACUCGCAGUGUAACGUCCCCUGCCCUGGUAACAGAGAUACUAUGUGUGGAGCAGGUCAGAGAAACUCUAUAUACAAACUAGUGCAGACUCAUAACGAGAACUAUGUUGGUUGUUUUAUUGAUGUUGGCAGAGACAGGGAUAUGACCAAUUUCCAGGGACUUUUCCCAGCAACACAUGCUACACCGAACACAUUGGGCUUCUGUUCAGUAAAAUGUAGAAAAUUGGGGUUCAAAUACAUGGGGGUGCAAAAUGGCCAGGAUUGCUGGUGUAGUAACACUUAUGGCAAACAUGGUGAGGCUCCUCAGCACCAGUGUAACGUCUCCUGCCCUGGCAACAAAGAGACAAUGUGUGGGGCGGUUUACAGAAAUUCUAUAUACAUCGUAGGACACAAAGACACAUAUAUUGGUUGUUUUGUUGAUGUAACUAGCAAUAGAGAUAUGUCGAACCUACAGGGAUUUUUUCCAGCAUCACACGUUACACCCAACUCUCUUUCGUUUUGUUCCAGAAGAUGCAGAGCAAAUGGUUUUAAAUACAUGGGGGUACAGAAUGGCCAGGAUUGCUGGUGUAGCAACACUUAUGGAAAGCAUGGUGAGGCGCAUCACUCGAGCUGCAACAUUCCGUGCCCUGGAUAUAGAGAUGAUAUGUGUGGAGGACUCCAUAGGAAUUCUAUUUACAAACUUGAUGGCUGAUGACACACAAAGAGAGCACUUAGUAACGCAAGACAAUAGACUAGUUGCGAGUAGAAAUAAUCUUGAUUCACAUCAUUAAAUAUUGUCAUAUUUGAAAUCUACAUGUAAAAG